AUGGAAGAGAUCUACCGGAAUGUGGCUUUCGUAGAUGCUUAUAGGGUAAGAGGUAUGGGAGAGAAGCCAUAUGAAUGCUUGGUGUCUAGAAAGGGCUUCAACAGGAAUACAAUACUUACUUCCCAUCAAAGAAUCUACACACAGGAAAAACCACACAAAUGCUCACUGUGUGGGAAAAGCUACCACCAGAGGUCGAAUCUAAUGAUGCACCAAAGGACCCACACCGGGGAGAAACCCUAUAAGUGCUUGCAGUGUGGAAAGAGAUUCAGUCAGAGCUCUAGCCUUAUUUCCCACCAAAGAAUCCACACAGGGGAGAAGCCCUUUAAAUGUUUGCAGUGUGGAAAGAACUUUGCAUGGAGCCACAAUCUUAUGUCCCAUCAAAGAAUACACACAGGGGAGAAGCCUUUUAAAUGCAUGCUGUGUGGGAAAAGCUUCACAUGGCGUCACAAUCUUAUUUCCCAUCAAAGAAUCCAUACAGGGGAGAAACCAUACAAAUGCCUGGAGUGUGGAAAGAGCUUCAAUCAAAGUACUGACCUCACUUCCCAUCAAAGAAUCCACACAGGGGAGAAGCCGUACAAAUGCUUGCAAUGUGGGAAAAGCUUCAGUCAGAGUUCUAACCUGACUUCCCACCAGAAAACACACAUUGAGAAGCCAUUUAAAUGCACCCACUGUGCAAAAAGCUUCUGUCAGAGGAUUGGCUUAGUUAUACAUCAAAGGAUGCACACAGGGGAGAAACCCUAUACUUGCUCAGAAUGUGGAAAGGGCUUCAUGGCAAAGUCAAAUCUAAUGAACCAUCAGAGAACACACACAGGGGAAAAACCCUACGCUUGCUCAGAAUGUGGAAAGAGCUUCAUGUUGAAGUCAAGCCUUAUUAACCAUCAAAAAAUCCACACGGGAGAGAAACCCCAUACUUGCUCAGAGUGUGGGAAGCAUUUCAUAAUGAAGUCAAGCCUGAUCAACCAUCGAAGAAUCCAUACAGGAGAGAAACCGUAUGUUUGCUCUGAAUGUGGAAAGAGCUUCAGUUGGAAUGAAUGCCUUAUUUCCCAUCAGAGAAGACACAGGGGAGAAAAGCCCCAUGUCUGCAAAGAAUGUGGAAAGGGCUUCACAGUGAAGUCAAGUCUUAUUAACCAUCAAAGAAUCCACACUGGGGAGAAACCUUAUAUUUGCUUGGAGUGUGGGAAAAGUUUCAAUCAGAAUUCUCACCUAACAUGCCAUCAAAGAAUCCACACCGGGGAAAAACCAUUUAAAUGUUCAGAAUGUGGGAAAAGCUUUGUUCGGAAUGACUGCCUUGCUGCUCAUAAAAAAAUACACACGGGGGAGAAGCCAUUUCACUGCUCAGACUGUGGGAAAAGCUUCCACAAGAAGACAAAUCUGACUGCACAUCAAAGAAUCCACACAGGGGAGAAACCAUAUAAAUGCCUGGAGUGUGGGAAGGGUUUCAGCCAGAGCUCAGGCCUAAGGUCACAUCAAAGAAUUCACACAGGAGAGAAACCACAUAAAUGCCUGGAGUGUGGAAAGACCUUCAGUCGGAGAUCAAGCCUUACUUCCCAUCAGAGGAGGAGCCAUUUAAAUGUUUAUAAUAUGAGAAGAACUACAACUGAAGCUGCAGCCUUGCACCCUAUCAAAGAAUAUACCCAGGAGAGAAAUAAGUUUAAUGCUCAGAGUGUGGAGGGAACUCUGAUGGGAAAUGAGAUUUGCUUAAUCACUAAAGAUUGA